AACCAAUGAGACAAAACGAAGCAGUUAAGAUCAACCAAGGAAAUUAAUAUAUAUACGUAUAGGGAUCCAAUGCAAGAUCCUUGUGAUGUGAAUCUACGAUGACUCCAUUCGAAACAGUGGCAUCAAUAGCGGUCGUAGUGUUAAUGUUACUGUUCUCGAUUGAUUGGACGGAUGUUGAUAAGCAACCAGAACCGGUUGGUUAUGGCUACUCUCUUCGAUCUAUCGCUUUUGGCACAAACUUAUUGGUAGCUGAUCUUCAACUCAACAAGAAGUCUUCGGUGUUUGGACCAGACAUCGAUCAACUUCGGCUCUUCGCAAGCUUUGAAACAGGUGAUCGGUUAAGGAUUCGAAUCACUGAUGCGAACCACCAACGAUGGGAGAUCCCAACCAACGUUCUUUCGCGCCAAUCACAACCUUACACCCUGCCCCAACAAUCUCACCACACAACUCCGGCCAACCUCUUUUUCUCGGAUCCCAACUCUGAUCUCAUUCUAACACUCCACAACACCACCCAAUUCGGGUUCACAGUCGCUCGUCGCUCUACUGGUGAUAUAUUAUUUGAUACCUCCAACACUGUUCUUGUCUUCAAAGAUCAGUAUCUGGAACUAACAUCUUCACUCCCACCUUAUCGCUCCUCUAUAUAUGGUAUAGGAGAGCGCACUAGGCGUUCGUUUAAGUUAACACAUAACCAGACCCUCACCGUUUGGAAUCUGGAUAUACGAAGCGAGAUUCCUGAUGUUAAUCUAUAUGGAUCACAUCCGUAUUAUAUGGAUGUGAGAUCACCGGAUUCUGAUGGUAAGGUGGUGGCGGGUACCGCUCAUGGAGUGUUGUUGCUUAAUAGUAAUGGUAUGGAUGUUGUCUAUAGUGGUGAUAGUAUUACUUAUAAGGUGAUUGGGGGUGUUUUUGAUUUUUAUUUCUUUGCUGGGCCGACGCCGGAAUUAGUCAUGGAUCAAUACACUCAUUUCAUCGGCAGACCGGCUCCCAUGCCUUAUUGGUCCUUCGGGUUCCACCAAUCUCGAUAUGGUUACAAAGAUGUUCAGGAUCUUGAGGGUGUAGUUGCUGGCUAUGCAAAGUCCAAUAUCCCGUUGGAGGUUAUAUGGACCGAUAUAGAGUAUAUGGAUGCUUACAAAGAUUUCACACUAGACCCCAUCAACUUCCCAUUGUCAAAAAUGUCAUCAUUUGUUCAAAAUCUUCACCAAAAGGGUCAGAAAUAUGUACCCAUCUUAGAUCCAGGUAUCUAUGUGGACACAACAUAUGAAACUUACAUAAGAGGACUACAAGCUGAUAUCUAUAUAAAGCGUGACGGUAAACCUUAUUUAGGUGAGGUUUGGCCUGGUAUAGUUAAUUUCCCGGAUUUUUUAAACCCACAAGGAGCAGACUUUUGGGGCGACGAGAUCGAAAGGUUUCAUGAUCUUCUACCAUUUGAUGGCAUUUGGCUUGACAUGAAUGAAGCAGCAAAUUUCAUAUCCUCCCCUCCGAUUUCAUCAUCUAAACUUGACAACCCUCCUUACAAGAUUAACAAUGCUGGUGUUCAAAUGCACAUAAAUAACAAUACAGUGCCUGCAAGCUCAAUCCAUUAUGGUAAUAUCACUGCUUAUGAUGCGCAUAAUUUGUAUGGAUUUAUGCAAGCCAAGGCAACAAAGAAUGCAUUGAUAAAAAUAACCGGCAAAAGGCCAUUCAUACUUUCUAGAUCGACGUUUGUGGGGUCUGGGAUGUAUACGGCACAUUGGACCGGGGACAAUGCUGCCACAUGGGAUGACUUGGCGUAUUCCAUUCCGAGCAUAUUGAAUUUCGGGUUAUUUGGAAUUCCAAUGGUUGGUGCCGAUAUUUGUGGUUUCGCUAGAGACGCUACUGAAGAACUUUGCCAGCGAUGGAUUCAGUUAGGAGCCUUUUAUCCUUUUGCAAGAGACCAUACAGAAAAAUCAACCGCGCGACAAGAACUAUACCUUUGGGAUUCAGUAGCUGCAACAUCUCGAAAGGUGCUUGGAUUACGAUACCAAAUGCUUCCCUACUUGUACACAUUAAUGUACUAUGCACAUUCAAAGGGUACUCCAAUUGCACGACCAAUGUUCUUCUCAUUUCCACAAGACACCAACACCUACGACAUUAGCACUCAAUUUCUCCUUGGCAAAGGUGUAUUAGUGUCCCCGGUUUUGACACCAAAAACUGUAACAAUUGACGCGUAUUUCCCUUCUGGAAACUGGUUCGAUCUAUUUGACUAUUCCAAUGUGGUUAGUGUGGGCUCAGGGGCCCAUGUUAGGCUUGAUGCACCGGCUGACCAUAUAAACGUUCAUAUUCGCGAAGGGAACAUAUUGGUUUUACAAAACAAAGCUUUGACUACGAAAGCAGCUCGGGUGACCCCAUUUCACUUACUGGUUGUGGUUAGCUGCAGCGAGAAUAGCACGGGUGAGGUGUUUUUGGAUGAUGGGGAGGACAUGGAGUUUGGUGAGGUAGGGGGUAAGUGGACUUUUGUGAGAUUUUCGAGCCAUGUUGUGGGUAAUAAAGCAACGUUGCGAUCGGUGGUCCAGAAUGAUGAUUUUGCAAUAAGUCAAAAAUGGAGAGUUGAAAAGGUGACGUUUAUUGGGUUGGAAGAUACUUCAAGUAAAACUGGUUUUGCGCAAUGGACAAGUGCGAGGGGGGAAAUACAUGACGGAAGAGUGAAGGUUGGUGGUGGUGGGGGGUUUGGGAUGGCGGAGAUCUCGGAUUUGUCGAUAUUGAUAGGGGACGAGUUUGAGUUAAAGUUGGAUCUCCAUUAAUGAUUUCAAUGUUAUAGUAUUUGUAGAACUUGUUAUGUAUGUUAACAAACACAAACUACUUAAUUAUAUGUUAUGAAAAAUAAAAUUGUUUGCCUAGUGUGAA